ACCAAACACCUCCCAACCAUGUCUUCCAAAAGAAAUGAAGAUUUUUGCCUUCAACUUCAAGAGCUGUUAUCAACUGACAUCAAUAAGAAAAGAAAUGCAAAUAAGCUAUUAGAAGAGAUUUGCAGUCAUAUUAAGAAACUUAAUGGAGAGGUUGAUGCUUUAAGUAUUCGAAUAUCAGAGUUAAUGGCUUCUCUAAACAAAAACAGUGGCACCAAUGUCAACAUCCUUAGACAACUUCUGCAACAAUAAGCACUGCAAAUUUUUGUUUUUUAAUUUACUAAACUUUACGCUUCAACUCCUUGUAAUAAGACAACAUUUGGGUUG